UUACAGUAGGGACCAAGGGCAAUGGAAGAGCAAAAGGACAGUGGUCUGCGCAGACGGUAGAGUAGGGGGCAAGGGCAGGGGUGGCAGUGAGCACAGGGAGAGGUCGAGAACCCACCCCGUCGACCAUCCUUAUAUUGACUUAAGCAUUAUCAGCAAAGAAAAUGUCUGAAGGACCCUCAAACAUAUCUGGACCUAUUCCACCAGACCCAACGCUGUUCCCAGACUUUUACCGACGUCCGAUAUCAGCUCGGGGAAGGUUAGAAGGGAACAGCCUAAAGCUAGACUUCCUCACAGGACCACUGGCUCCGGACCCCACUUUGUACCCGUCAUGCUACAGUGCCCGUCUGCCCCGGCCAGCCCCUCGUGUACGUGCGGAUGCCCGGGAGAUCCUCGAGAGGGGACAGAGGGGCUCUGUGGGCGUGCUGCUGCAGUUGGAAGGAGUGUCACUGCACAGGCAGCCUCCGCCAAGAAAGAAGGAGCCCAGGGACCACGAGAAGGAGAACGUGCGGCGAAUGCGGGAGAUCCAGAAAAAAUGCAGAGAGAAGGACCAGGAGCGUGAACAGAGCGGCCCCAAACCGGUGAAAGCGUUGUGGAAAUCCCACAAGUAUGAAUCCGUUCCAUCAAAAGUGAUGGCUCGCUUACAGGACAACACAUCCCCCAAGCCUUUGGAUAAUCAGCACUACCUUAAAGCUCACUCGCGAUGUGGGACUGGGGUCGGUCCCAAGAGAUCCACAUCCCCGAGCCCAACAAAAGCAGAGGCGUGUGUCGAGGCUCCAGAGGAUUCUAUCGCAAAUGCUCAAGUCACAGGCGUUGCCAUAGAUUUCAUCAGGCACAACGCCCAGAAUGCAAGGAAAAUGCCAGUACGACGCUCCAAAUCUCUGCAGUCCCUGACAGACGUGCUGGACAGGAAAGAGAAAGAACAGCAGGACUACAUCAGCCAGAAUAAAGGACAGCUACCGCAGUAUUUAAUUGAACGGCGGAAUCAAUGGAGGAAAGAUGCGGAAGAGCGGCUGAAAAAUAUCCCUGACCCCAGCAUGCCUCCAGGUCACACCAGGAUGCCAGAGAAUGAAAGACUGGAAACACUCAGUUCCCUCCAACAAACCCAAAAGCAGCUGAUCAAGCAACUGCUGAUGUUUCCUGUGCGAGUGGAUACGAUUGGCAUGCAGAAUAGACGAGCUGACCUGGAGAAGAAACUGGCAGAGAUCGAAGAGGCCAUUAAAAUCUUCUCUCGGCCCAAAGUUUUCAUCAAAGUUAAUGUCUGAGCAGCUCAGAAAGGCUUUUAAACAGAGACAUUUCUGGACUGCCGGAAACAAGUUGGAGCUACGGCACACUUUGCUUUCUGAGUCUGUUGGUAAUGUUUCUCACAGAUCUGUAAAUAAACUGACAGAAUAUUUUUUUAUUGUAAUUAAAUGUUCAUUUUGUGAUUCCAAUGUUAUUAAAUUGAUCAAUUUUUGAA